AUGUCGCAAGAGGGUGGUGAACCCAAGAAGAAAGAAAGUGUUUCUAUCCCAAAGGAAGGCAGCGAUGCUGGCCAACCUGUGCAGUCCCUUGCAAAAGCCUCCAAGAAUGACCCAAAACCGAAUUCGCCAGCAUCGCCUCCAAAGCAACCACUUAAGGAAUCUGUGACCGCGAAAUCCGCAAUGCCGUUGCCGGGGCAAAUGACUGCAGGUACAAAAACAGAAAAGCCCAACGAAUCACCGGAGAAAAAUGUUCAGUCGGAGACGACCAAUGAGAAAGCUGCAGUGCCAACAGGAAAGAAAAUUCAGAUGGACGGCAAGCGAGUAGAAAAUGUUAAGAAUGCGUUGGCGGAUGCGGAUUGGGGUUGGAGAAUCAAAUCCAAAGGCGGGACAAAGUAUGAGACCCGUAAGGUAAGCGGAAGCAAGUCGGAGGCUGCAUCAAAAAGCACUCAGGCUGACCUGGACUAUGGACCCUAUUCUAGGCGCUAUCGUGAUUCCUGGAAUCCGGAGUACGAGUGGGGAUACUACGGCGCCUAUGGAGAAUGGCGUCCGGAAGAAGAGUGGCCCUACUAUGCCCCGUAUGGCAUGGAACCAUCGGCACCCUACUAUCCCUUCCCAUCUGAGCCUCCGUGCCGUUCGCGCCGCCGUCCGCCGUUUCCUUCUCCGAGCUGUCCCAUACAUGGGUAUAUGAGGCAGCGUCCUGCCCCACAGCGGAGCCAGGGAACCAUUAUUUCCAUUCCAAUUCCAAUCUCAAUCCCGAUGCCGAUGCCUUCAGGCUCAAGUAGUGGGCCAGUGGUCAUCAAUCCGCCCCCUCCACUACCACCACCACAACUUCCACCCCCUGCGCAGCCAGAGAGGAGGACGACGCCUCUACAGGACAUGACCUCGUUCAUGAUGGCCAUGAUGCUUAAGGACAGUAUGAAGCGAAGCACUGGAGACCUGUUCCCGUCUCAGGACUCACAGGCUCAGCGCGGACAACCUGUGACAGCGACAUCAGAUUAUGACGGCCAUCGGGCGCCUUCAGAGCCCGCCGACAAUCAACUUUCCUUCAUGCAUCAACAGUCACCUCUUUCACCCGAGCCAUCUAAAUAUACCGGAGCUAUCGCCGAGGGUGAGCCGGUGAUGCAAGGUAUUAUCCAAGAAAUUGCGACAAACCAUGGCAAGAAAAAAGAAAAGAAGAAGCACAAUGCGGAGAAGGAUGACAAGAAACCUGCCGAGUCCGCCGAGAACAAGGCGACGAAAGAGGAGCGAGCUCGUCAGCACAAGGCAGUGAGCAAACAGGGUGCCGACGAGGUUAUUUCCCUGGGGUCUUCGGACUCAUCCCUUGGCAAUAAAUCGCCCAC